CUGGCAAGUGCUGCUGCAUGCUCCGCCUCAGACUCCGCCCCCGCCUCUCCAAGCCCCCCCUGCCCCGCCCACGCACCAUGGCCACCCGCUCCAUUGCCCUCGACCCCCAGGAGACAGCCUUCGUCCAGCUCCUCGACGCCUUCGCCACCGCACAGAACCCCCCCGUAGAGUGCCGCAUCGCCGGAGGCUGGGUCCGAGACAAGAUCCUCGCGCUGCCGUCCGCAGACCUCGACAUCGCCCUGUCCAUAUCCUCCGGCUAUGCAUUCGCGGCCAGCUUUGUCGACUUUCUUCAUACCAAAGGCGUGUCCACCGGGUCAGUGGGCAAGGUCGUCGCCAAUCCCGAACAGAGCAAGCACCUAGAGACUGGCUGUACUCGCAUCAUGGGUCUCGAGUGCGACUUUGUCGGCCUCCGCAGCGAAAAGUACACCGAUAGCCGGAUACCCCAGGUUGUGAGUCCAUGUCUACAGCCUACAAAACUGACAGACAGGAACCUGGUACGCCAUACGAAGAUGCGUCGCGCAGAGAUCUCACCAUCAAUGCCUUAUUUUACAAUGUUCACACUCGGCAGAUUGAAGACUGGACUGAGAAAGGCCUCGUCGACCUUGAAAACCAAAUCGCUAGGACACCUCUUGCUCCCCGCCAGACCUUCCAAGAUGAUCCACUCCGAAUCGUCCGUUGUGUCCGCUUUGCUAGUCGAUUCAAUCUUCACAUUGCCGAGGACGCCUUUGAGUGCAUCAAAGAGGAUGAUGUCAAGCUGGGCAUCGUCGACAAAGUUUCCAAAGAACGCAUCGGCAUAGAGAUGACCAAGAUGAUCCACAAGAAUCCUUACCGAGCGCUCGAGCUCAUCCAUCAGCUAGGUCUUCAUCCCUAUGUCUUUCACUGCGAUGUGAACCCUCCCCGUCACGAAGCCUUCGCCGCAGCGCAAAUCCUCAACGCCCUGUCGGAUAGAAAACAGCUCGACGAGAUGCUCUGGCUGGCAACAGCUGCUACACCUUUCAGGCAUCUCGACGUGAGAAGAAAAGGAAAGAGCGUGCCUGCGACAGCUAUCGUGAUUGGAGAAGGUCUGAAGCUUUCCACAGAGAUCAAGUCGUCGGUCUCCAAUCUCUUUGACGCUGUAAAGGUCAUCGAUCCAGGAGCCACUCGGCGGUCUGACAUUGGCGCUGUCCUCCAACUCCCGUCUGUUAGGCCAUGGAGGAGAAGUCUGGUCUGGGCGGUUGUGAUGGAGGUGUUGCCGCAGUGGAGGGGUGACUGGGAUGAAGCUGCCGAAGAUGUAUAUCAAAAGUAUGAAGAUUUCGAGGCUAGGAUCGAGUCUCUCGGAUUGCCAGCGGCGAUUGACCAGCCUUUGCUAUUGAACGGAAACGAUGUUCAAAGUCUACUUUCUAUUUCCCCUGGGCCCCUUAUUACCGUCAUCCGGCAAUCCCUCAAUCUGUGGCAGCUGGAUCACCCAGAGGCCACAAGAGACCAGGCCGAGGAGUGGCUCAAAAGUCAGUGGGAGGGCCAACAAAGAGUGGAAUGGGAAAAACUUGCUCCUCCGAGGGUGAUGAACAAAAAGACCAAGAAGGCAGAGCCGGGGGAGAAAAGAAAGCGGUAGAAAACUUACACUGUAUAUCCAUGACUCGAUGCAGAGAUGAUCUCGAG